GUGGAUGUUCUUGCUGACGUGUCAGAUCCAGGUUGUCUCGAGGGGAUUCCACGAACUCUGGACGCCCCUGGUCCAAACACAAGGCGUCGACCACUUCCGCCAUUGAGCGCAAUGCAGUGCGGGGGUACCGUGCAACUGUAACAUGUUGCUUGUCCGACUCCACGCCACUGCCGGCAGAAUCGAUUGCUGUCCUGCGAGAGAGUCUGAAGUUUUGAGGCUCGAGGUCAUUUAUUGGCGAAAGAAGAUUUGUGGCAGAAUCGGAGGAUGCGGUAGAGCAGGGAAAGAGCAAGAUGUUUGGAAGUCUGGAAUUCUUUCUGCCGUAGAGUUCAAGAUCUGAGAGGGCGGUGAUCCAGUUCUCUUCGUGUUCCGAGAUUCGAGAUUCGACAGAGAGGGAGGGAGAGAUGGGGGGAACGGCAGCACCAGCGUUGGAAUUGAGCAAGCGGCCUAUCGACUUGUUGAUAGGGACGUUUUUCCUGAUUCAUUUGCCGAUCAUGCUGCUCAUAGAUUUGCAGGUUUUGGUUCCCAGGCACUUUUUCCCCACCUUCGCUCAAGAGCUGCUGAAUUGGCAUAUCGAGAACUCUGGGGACUUCUUGAUGGCCAACCCUCCUCUUUAUUUCAAGUCCUUCGUUUACGCCGAGUAUGCCAUUCAGUUGCCCCUCCACGUUGCCAAUGCUUACGCCUUUCUCCGAGGAAAAAGGUGGGGACGAAUGACAGGCAUCAUCUACGGGGUGCACGUCGCCACAACCAUGAUUCCAAUUCUCGCAGACAUUCUUGCGAGCGAUAGCCCCAAGCGCAAUAAUCUGCUGGGCGUAUACGUACCGUACCUUCUGAUCCCGCUCCUCGUAGUUGCCCGGCUCCUUCCUUUCUCGGACCCGUUUGCUCCGAAAUCCGGCACCGCUUCCGACAAGCCGAAAACCACUUGACGGCUGCGUUAGAGUGUAAGGACAGGACGCAUGUAGGCUUUGCGGCAAGGUUUCCGUUUGGACCAGCGUCAGUGCGGCACCUUAGCAACGCCGGACGUUUUUCACGGAGAAGACAUUCCGGUCGUAUGUGAAAUUAUGCGGAAUACGGAAUUAUGCGGAUUUGUGUGAAUCUCGUCUCAUGUUGCGAACUUCUGCGGGUCUGCUGUCGUCGUGUCGUCCCCCGAUGAUUCCGUUUCCCGAGCAAAUCCCAAACCGCUCCAGAAAACUCGAUUGCUCGUGCGACCAUUCGCAAUACGUUGAAACCCGAACUCUCGAAUGGGACUAGCAUCACGAACUGGUAAAGACGCGUAAAAGAUGAACUUUCCUGGAAAUUUUUAGGAAUUCAUUGUAGAUUAUUGAAGGUUCUGAGGUAGCUCAAACGGUUUUGUCUCGAUAAUCAAGAUAAGCAGUAGAUCAGAGUUAGCCCCAUGGUGAUAAAAUUUCUGUAAGUCAAAGUGUCUUCAAAAUGUCGAACGGAAAGGAUGCAUCGGUUACGCUUAAAUAGAUAAGAACGAACAAAAAACGCCUCUGAGAAGUAGCCACAAAGAAAAAAAUGGAAAAAUAGAAAAUUUGUGAUCCUAAAGCCGCAAAGAUGCAUAUAUAUAAAACUUGGCAAAGCCGGUCGAUUCUAAUUCAAAACUUUAAUCAAAGUUGUAUUGAAGGCAAAGGAACAAGAGAAAUAUUCCAUCCUUUAAAAUAUAUGAAGGAAA